CGCAUGUAAAGCAGAGGUAGAAAAAUAUUUUAGACCAGAUGAUCUAGAACGUGUUAAAUCUACUUGGGGCAUGCGAUCAUCGAAAAGUACCUUUGAAGACGGGUGCCAUGCGAUGGUUCCAAUUUUGGACACGCUUGAUUCGCACCCACGCCCCAAUGUUUUGUAUACAUAUGAUUCGGAAAAGCAGGCAUUUGUGAUUUCCGCCAAGUCAAAAAUUUCUCCGCAAUACGAAUUGAUCAAUUCUUAUGGGAAAUACAGUGAUUCGCAUCUAUUUGCAAAGUUUGGAUUUGUAAACGGAGAUGGAAGUGGUUAUACUCAGGCAUCAAUGGCGCUCUUCCAUCGACCAUUCGAUAUACUAAUGGGAGAAGAUUUUUCUCUCAUGCCGAAUGUUGUCAUGAAUGGCAAAGAUGACGAAAGUGAAACUCAAUCUUUAAUGGACGAAACUCUCAAUCAUCAAAGAAAGGAAAUGAAACGAUAUUUGACAAUGGACGAUGGCUACGAUGACUGCAUCCAAAAAGAUCUGCAUCCAGAAGCAUUCAAACUAAAACGACUGAAACUGAUGCACCUCAUUAGAAUGGCGAACGACCCAUCCUCGUGGAUCGCAACACUCCAGCCAAGAAAACCAAGAUCACGACCGCGAGAAUCGAUAAACUUGCUAAUUUCGGAAGAACCUCCUAAAUUCAAUCCUUCUAACGUUCAAGUAAAUCUAAUCAAAUUAAUGAACACCUGUCGAUUGAUAGUUUUGAACGAAGAAGAUUACGACGGGAGAGCCAUACAAAUCCUUGAGGAUAACCUGGAAAAUAAGGAUUUUGUCGUUCCUGAGAUGGAGGGAAACAAAGCUUUGGAAUACCGAAGUCUCAAGUACCUUGGACGAAUGACUGCUUCAGCACUCAUGCAAUACACUCCGGUCAAAAUGAAGCAAGAAUUUGAAACUGUGCGUCAGUUGAACAAAGAAAAUGCAUUCGGCAAUAGUACUUGGACCGCUGCCCAACUUCGCCUUGGUGAGAUGCAGGUAUGUUUAUGCCAAAUCGAAAGAUCAAUUCGUGAAUGCUGACCCCUAUGAAAUACUAUCACUCGCCUUUCCCGCAUACUACGAUGGAGAGAUCUUCUUUCAAUUUGGUAGCAAACUGACUAUUUCUUUGCGCCUUUUGUUUCCCUUUUUCGAAAUGAAACACAGUCGCUUCAUGCAGUGUCAGGGAUUGCUAUGACAUUUGCUCGUAAGCUCUUAGAAGGCAUGGAGGAAGAACAGAUUGGAGUUCAAUUUAAAAUCAGGGAAAGUUCUUGCCCAAAAGCGUACACAGAUAUUCUGGACAAAGAUCUCAAUUGAAAAGGAGGAAUGGAUGUUUGAUGGUUCCUUCUCUCUUUUUGACAUAGUACAUAGACAACUUUGUACAUUGCAUCAGCCAUAUCGUUUAGCAAUUAUACUUAACAUUUUUAUGCCACCAAUAAUAUCAUUGAUUGAGU